GAAACACCUGUGGGGAAAGCUCAGGUGGGCAGGGAGUGUGGAUACAAGGAUUUUUGACGCACCAAAAGGAUUUUCAUCGAGUGUCAGCAGUCGUAGCAGAAGUGAAGGUGAACUGCAAGGAUCUUGUCUUAAAAUGGAGCUGGAUAAUAUAAAGUCCUCAGCUGCACUCAUUUAUGAUGAGUUCAUCCAAAAUGCAGAUUCACGGACGGGGAACUGGUUUCUUAUGUCGUCUCCUAUCCCCCAAACGAUCAUCAUUGCCGCAUACAUUUACUUCGUCACAUCGCUCGGGCCUCGGAUAAUGGAGAACCGCAAAGCCUUUGACCUCAAAGGCGUUCUCAUCGUCUACAACUUCGGUGUGGUCGCUCUCUCGCUCUAUAUGUGCUAUGAGUUUGUGAUGUCGGGAUGGGGCACCGGAUACUCUUUUCACUGUGACUUGGUCGACUACUCCGAUUCACCACAGGCCAUGAGGAUGGCGGCAACAUGCUGGCUUUACUAUUUCUCAAAGUUCAUUGAGAUGUUGGACACAAUCUUCUUCGUCCUGAGGAAGAAGAACAGUCAGGUGACAUUUCUUCAUGUGUACCAUCACUCCAUCAUGCCCUUCACCUGGUGGUUUGGUGUUCGUUUUGCUCCAGGUGGUCUGGGGACAUUCCACGCCUUGCUCAACUGUGUUGUCCAUGUUAUCAUGUACUCAUACUAUGGUCUGACUGCCAUGGGCCCCAACUACCAGAAGUACCUGUGGUGGAAAAAAUACCUCACUACCAUUCAACUGAUCCAGUUUGUUAUGGUAACCAGCCACAUCUCCCAGUAUUUCUUCAUGAAGGACUGUCCCUACCAGUUCCCCAUCUUUAUCUACAUCAUCGGUCUCUACGGCCUGAUUUUCCUGUUCCUCUUCCUCAACUUCUGGUACCACGCCUACACCAAGGGCAAGAGGCUGCCUAAAGUGCUACAGGCUCAGACAUGGGCACACCACACCAAUGGAGUUAUGAAUGGAAACGCCAGUCAUGAAAAAGAUGAGUGAUGCAUGACUCGGCUAAUCGGGGGGGUUGACCUCAUUUACAUAAGCAAACCAGAGAGUGGAGAUUCACUCAAUUUGUUUUUUUUGUUUGUUUGUUUGUUGUUUUUUUUAAAUUGCUUUUCUACUUGUAACUGCAAAAGACAAUCUUUAAAUUAUGACCAAACUUAUAUUUAAGACCUAAGCUGAAAGGUUUUUAUCUUUGUUUACAGUGAAGGUAAAGACCAGUUCUGCUAUGGAAAUGUCAAAAUCAAAAUAUCCUUACUUUUUCUGCUACCAAAUGAGUUUCAAGUUUGAAGAUCAUCUCCACUAUUCACAGAUUUAUAGGGCUUCACCUAUGGUAAGACUGCAGGACCCUCAGCUCUACGUCCUCAAAAAAGCUUCUAGUGCUGAGAUCUAUCUUUCUUUCUUUUUUUUUUUUUUUUUUUUUUUUUUUUUUU